AUGCUAGAACGUGGGGAAAUUCAGGCUAGACAAAGGGGAGGAGCCCUUCCUGUCCAAGAACGUGAGGCCCCAGCUCGGCCAGAAGGCCCUGCACCAGUUCAGAUGCAACAAAACGAGCCAGAACCUCACCCUAUUCCACAGGAUCAACCUUUGGCACUUCUGCCUGAGCCACCAGCAGUGUUGCCUUAUAGACCCAGAAGGAUGGAUCCCAAUCCAUUCCCUCCACCUGCAAGAGGCAGAAGAGGCGGAAUGGGAAGAAUACAGGAGGAAGUUCUGCCCAGGCCUUACAGAGCGAAGCCUAGGAUUGAUCACGUCCAGCCAAAAAAGGGGCGAAAUCACCACCCUGUCAAUGCUCUGAAUGACGUGGGGGCAUUACAAAGGAUGAUCAGAGAGAUGAUGGAGCCUGAAGCCAGAAGAGGAGAAAGGCCCACCUAUAGGAAGCCAUAUCCGGCUUAUAUCGAUCAAAUACCUCUAUCCCCGGGUUUUAAGGUGCCAAACUUCACCUUAUUCAACGGAGAGGAUCCCCAUGCUUCAUCAGUUGAGCACAUAGGCAGGUUUUCUGUCCAGUGCAUAGCCAUAGAGUGUGAAGAAUUAAGAACAGAGUAA